GCUAUACACCCGCAAGUGUAUUUGGAGUUUCCUGUUCACCUUUGGACAGAAGAAGAAGAAGAUCAAAAUGGCGGAGCGUGGCUAUAGUUUCUCUCUCACCACAUUUAGCCCCUCGGGUAAACUGGUCCAGAUUGAAUAUGCGCUGGCAGCUGUAGCAGCAGGAGCUCCUUCAGUUGGCAUUAAAGCUACUAAUGGAGUGGUCCUGGCUACGGAGAAGAAGCAGAAAUCCAUUCUGUAUGAUGAACAGAGCGUCCACAAAGUGGAACCUAUUACCAAACACAUAGGCAUGGUGUACAGUGGCAUGGGACCUGACUACAGGGUUUUAGUGCGACGAGCCCGGAAGCUGGCCCAGCAGUACUAUCUGGUGUACCAGGAGCCAAUUCCUACAGGCCAGCUUGUACAGAGGGUGGCCUCUGUAAUGCAGGAGUACACACAGUCUGGCGGAGUGCGUCCAUUUGGUGUGUCACUCCUGAUAGCUGGUUGGGAUGAGGAUCACCCCUACUUGUUCCAGUCCGAUCCUUCUGGAGCAUAUUUUGCAUGGAAGGCCACAGCCAUGGGAAAGAACUAUGUCAAUGGAAAAACAUUCCUUGAAAAAAGGUAUAAUAAUGACCUGGAGUUAGAAGAUGCCAUUCACACAGCCAUCCUUACAUUGAAGGAGAGUUUUGAGGGUCAGAUGACAGAGGAGAACAUUGAGGUGGGAAUCUGCAACGAGGCCGGGUUCAAAAGGCUCACCCCGGCAGAGGUGAAAGACUACCUGGCAGCCAUCGCGUGAACACACCCUCCCUGAAGGGCCACCUGGCUACAUUUCAAAACAGAUUUAGCAGCACAGUGGCCAAUUGACACAAGGAACAGAAGAGUAUGUCCACAACAACAUAAUGAAGGCAUACACAUCCCUAUUGACCAUUACUACUCAAUAUCUACACAAAUGUUUAUACUUAAGGAGAGAAGAAAAUAAAAUUAGCUUUAACGUGUACUCUUGAUGUCAUAUGUGACAAUUGGCUUUUGUGCACGCUGAAAAGGUUUUGAGCUCUGAGAGGAAUCUCAGGUCUUCCAUUGAAUCUUCAAUUCUUACUCGCCAAAGAACUGCGCUGAGUUUUAAGAUGCACCUCUCCUGCAUAAUACAUUUAGCUAAAAAAAAACAUAUUUGCGUAAUAAUCAGACUUAUUAGAGGUUAUGACAAAUGAUGUUUUUUUUUACAUUGAACAAAAAGCUAUUUUUCAUUUAAUAUAAUUGAGUUGGACAAAAAAAAGCAGGUUUUGGAGGAUUCAAUGGUUAGGCUUGAGAUUUUACAUUCAAGAUCUGGUUGCUGUACUACCGUUUUACAUUAUGUACUUUUUUUUCAGGCUUGAUACAGUUCUUAAAUUUGUAUUUUCUCCACUGUUAUGUGUCACUUAUUCAAAUAAAGAAUGGUGAACUGUUGA